AUGAUGAUGCUCAGCAUACCUUUCAAAGCCGCCCUCGCGGCAACUCUCCUGUCCACACCCUCCGUCGCACACAUGUUCAUCUCCUCUCCCUCCCCAAUCCCCGGUUCCGCGCCAAAAGACCCACUCGACCCAAGCGGCUCAAACUUCCCUUGCCACGGCAUCUCCCUACCACCCAGCGGCGGCCAGAAAAUGCCAGCGGGCUCCAAGCAAACUCUAGCCUUCAAUCUCGGCGGCGGAGCCAAUACAGCAGUCCACGGCGGAGGCUCGUGCCAAAUGGCCAUAACCUACGAAACCGAUGCAGCGAAAGUCAAGGACCCGUCGAACUGGAAAGUCAUCUACUCCAUCGAAGGCGGGUGCCCGACCGAUGCGUCGGGAAAUCUUCCCACGGCGCGGAAGUGCACGACUGGCGAUGAAAGUUCUUCUUGCGUCAAUCAGUUCCCGUUUACGAUUCCGAAGGGUGUCAAGGAUGGGCAUGCGAUUCUGGCGUGGACUUGGUUUAACAAUGUCGGGAAUCGGGAGAUGUAUAUGAAUUGCGUCAAUGUCGAGUUCUCGGGCGGAGAUGGGAGUGAAAUGAAGAGCUUCCCGACCAUGUUUGUUGCGAAUUUGGCAAGUGUGGAUCAGUGUCCUACGACGGAGAAUGUCAAUGUUAAGUUUCCGGCUCCGGGGAAAUAUGUUACGACUAGGACUGAAGGAGGUCCGUAUCCGUUGGCUGUGCCGACUGGACAAGGAUGCUCGCCGGGAGAUGCUGAUACUGGGACUGGGAGUGGUGGUGGUGGUGGAGGAGGUGGAGGAGGAGGAGGAGGAGGUGGUGGUGGUGGUGGGAGUGCUGCGCCAUCACCGACAAGUCAGGCAGCGGCUCAGCCAGCCCCAACGCCAGCUCCGACCACACAGGCACCCGCAUAUACGCCGCCUGCAGGCAGUAGUGGUGGAUGUCCUGAGGGUGAGGUGUCUUGUCCGACGCCCGGAGACUUGGUCUGUGUGGAUGCCACGCAUUUUGGAAUUUGCGAUGUUGACAAGUGCGCUUUGCCGCAAGCUGUUGCGCCUGGAACUCGAUGCACAAAUGGCCAGAUCAUGCGGAGAAAGCGAAAGAGGAGUCAGCAAUUGCACGAUCGCAAGCGGAAGAUGGGGCAUACUCACGGGCAUGGACACAUCAAUGCACCGUGGCACCAGUGACGGCUGGCAGCGUGGGAACAGUAGCUAGUCUUUGAUGGACAUGACGCGACGUUCCGCUUCAUAGAUCGUUUUCAAGAGGUGCCCGUCAUCUUGUUUGUUUUCUUCAAAUUAUCGUGAUUG